AUGGGAGGCCGUUACGGAGGGUUGUUCGGUUAUGGGGGUUAUGGUUAUGGAGGCCGUUACGGUUACGGGGGAUACCCAGGCUUUUACGGUUAUGGGGGAUACUGCGGCUACCCCGGCUUUUAUGGGAAUGGGGGAUACUGCGGCUACCCAGGCUAUUAUGGGAAUGGGGGAUACUGCGGCUACCCAGGCUAUUAUGGGAAUGGGGGAUACUGCGGCUACCCAGGCUAUUAUGGGAAUGGGGGAUACUGCGGCUACCCAGGCUAUUAUGGGAAUGGGGGAUACUGCGGCUACCCAGGCUAUUAUGGGAAUGGGGGAUACUGCGGCUACCCAGGCUAUUAUGGGAAUGGGGGAUACUGCGGCUACCCAGGCUAUUAUGGGAAUGGGGGAUACUGCGGCUACCCAGGCUAUUAUGGGAAUGGGGGAUACUGCGGCUACCCAGGCUAUUAUGGGAAUGGGGGAUACUGCGGCUACCCAGGCUAUUAUGGGAAUGGGGGAUACUGCGGCUACCCAGGCUAUUAUGGGAAUGGGGGAUACUGCGGCUACCCAGGCUAUUAUGGGAAUGGGGGAUACUGCGGCUACCCAGGCUAUUAUGGGAAUGGGGGAUACUGCGGCUACCCAGGCUAUUAUGGGAAUGGGGGAUACUGCGGCUACCCAGGCUAUUAUGGGAAUGGGGGAUACUGCGGCUACCCAGGCUAUUAUGGGAAUGGGGGAUACUGCGGCUACCCAGGCUAUUAUGGGAAUGGGGGAUACUGCGGCUACCCAGGCUAUUAUGGGAAUGGGGGAUACUGCGGCUACCCAGGCUAUUAUGGCUACGGGGGAGUAGUCGGUUCCGGGGUGUCGUGCCACAGGUACCGCAGUGGAAGCUGUGCGCCUUGCUAAACCCAGCAGGCCCAUCCGUGGCAGACCCAGGCAAUGAACGGCCGGAUACAGAUUCCCCCCUGAGCUUUGGGGCUUGGCUUUCAGACGUGCUGGGCAAACCCGGCUCCAGCUGAGCUCAGUGGGAGCUGUGUGUGCUCAGCCCCUGGGUCUGGGAGCCAGGCUGCAUUGCUCCCCUCACGCUUCAUGGCUCCUUCUGCUCCUGCUUUGCCAGCCCCGCGCUGAGUCUCCUCCUGGCCUGUGAGCUCCUUCUGAGUGACACUCAGGCUGCUCCCACCAACCCCACCGGGUGACGGAAACAGGGGCCUGAGGAAACACCUCAGUGACACCGAUUGUCAUUGUAAGUCCCUGUAUGUGUAAGGAAAAGACGUUGCUGUCCAGGGGAACCAGGCCCAUCAUGU